GGACAUUUUAGAAAUAUUCGUAAAUCUCCUAAACCCGAUCCUUUGUACAGAAAGAAACCUUUCGCUGGCUCAGGUUUCAGAUCGCCUGAACUAAAACAAAAUGCUCCGAUCACUUCUCCUCCGCCGCUCCAACGCCCGUUCGCUUCGACCCCCAUUUCCCCCUCUCCGCACUCUAUGCACUUCCGGUCAGACCUUGACUCCAGCCCCUCCACCGCCGCCUCCUCCUCCACCGCCGAUUUCAUCCUCCGCCUCAGAAAAGGAGUUCCGUAAAUACGCCGGAUACGCAGCACUCGCUCUCUUCUCCGGCGCCGCAACUUACUUCUCCUUCCCCUUCCCCGAGAACGCCAAACACAAGAAGGCUCAGAUCUUCCGAUACGCUCCUCUCCCCGAAGAUCUCCACACCGUCUCUAACUGGAGUGGUACUCACGAGGUCCAGACCAGGAACUUUAACCAGCCGGAGACUCUCGCCGAUCUCGAAGCUCUCGUCAAGGAAGCUCAUGAGAAGAAGAACAGGAUCCGACCCGUUGGAUCCGGUCUUUCCCCCAAUGGGAUCGGUUUGUCUCGCUCGGGGAUGGUGAAUUUGGCGCUCAUGGACAAGGUCCUCGAGGUGGAUAAAGAGAAGAAGAGAGUCCGUGUGCAGGCUGGGAUUAGGGUUCAGCAGCUUGUUGACGCCAUUCAAGAGUAUGGUCUCACUCUCCAGAACUUUGCUUCCAUUAGAGAGCAGCAGAUUGGUGGCAUCAUUCAGGUUGGGGCACAUGGGACAGGUGCUAGAUUGCCUCCUAUCGAUGAGCAAGUGAUUGGCAUGAAGCUUGUCACUCCUGCUAAGGGAACUAUUGAGCUUUCUAAGGAUAAUGAUCCGGAGCUCUUUCAUCUUGCUCGAUGUGGCCUUGGUGGACUUGGAGUUGUUGCUGAGGUCACCCUCCAGUGCGUUGAAAGACAGGAGCUUUUGGAGCACACUUACGUCUCCACCUUGGAAGAGAUCAAGAAAAAUCACAAAAAGUUGCUCUCUACAAAUAAGCAUGUCAAGUACCUGUAUAUUCCAUAUACUGACACGGUCGUGGUUGUUACAUGCAACCCUGUAUCAAAAUGGAGUGGGGCACCUAAGGACAAACCAAAGUACACUACAGAGGAGGCUUUAAAGCAUGUCCGUGACCUGUAUAGAGAGAGCAUUGUUAAGUAUAGGGUCCAGGACUCUAGUAAGAAGACUCCUGACAGUAGGGAGCCAGACAUUAACGAGCUUUCAUUUACAGAGUUGAGAGAUAAGCUGAUUGCCCUAGAUCCUCUCAAUGACGUUCACGUUGGAAAAGUGAAUCAAGCUGAGGCUGAGUUUUGGAAAAAAUCAGAAGGAUACAGAGUAGGGUGGAGUGAUGAAAUCCUGGGCUUUGACUGUGGUGGUCAACAGUGGGUAUCAGAAACUUGUUUUCCUGCUGGAACUCUCGCUAAACCUAGCAUGAAAGACCUUGAGUACAUAGAACAGCUGAAAGAGUUGAUACAAAAAGAAGCAAUACCAGCACCUUCUCCCAUAGAGCAGCGUUGGACAGGCCGAAGUAAGAGCCCUAUGAGUCCUGCAUUCAGCACUGCAGAGGAGGACAUUUUCUCAUGGGUUGGUAUAAUCAUGUAUCUCCCGACAGCAGACCCUCGCCAGAGAAAGGACAUCACGGAUGAAUUUUUCCACUAUAGACAUUUGACACAGGCAAAAUUGUGGGACCAGUAUUCUGCGUAUGAACAUUGGGCUAAAAUUGAGAUACCAAAGGAUAAAGAGGAACUUGAAGCCCUACAAGAAAGACUCAGAAAACGAUUCCCGGUGGAUGCAUACAACAAAGCACGAAGGGAGCUGGACCCAAACAGAAUUCUCUCAAACAACAUGGUGGAAAAGCUCUUCCCUGUCUCCAAGACUGCUUAAAAACAUUUUCAUCAAUAGUUUUUUUGCUCCUUGAAGUACCACUUUUGGAAUCCUAUAACGUUGCAUCUACAAGUGUUUGUAAGAAGAGUGAAGCCGAUAUAUUGGUCACAAAAAAAGUUUACAUUGAGUUUUACUACUAUUUUUUUUUUCGCAGUUCCCCUGAAUAAAUAUACUUGUUGUUCUA